UUCUACUUUCUUCCCCCAAAAAUUUCCCCAUCACUUUUCAUCAAAUUUAUUGUGUAUUUAUGUAACAGUUUUAUUUUCUGCUGUAUUAUUUUUUCAUACUUGUUUUGAUGUGUUUUACUUGAGUCGAGGGUCUAUCAGAAAAAGUUUCUCUACCCUCACAAGAUAGGGGUAAGGUUGCGUGCACCACCCUCUCCAAAGCCUACUUGUGGAGUCACUGAGAAUGUUGUUGUUGUUAUGUAAUAGUUUUAUUUACUACUGUAUUAUAUUUUCAUAUUUGUUUUGAUAUGCUUCACUUGAGUCGAGGGUUCAGAAACAACUUCUCUACCCUCACAAGGCACUGGUAAGGCUGCGCACGCACCAUCCUUUUCAGACCUGUUCGUGAGAUUACAUGGAAUAUAUUGUUAUUGUUGUUAUUAUAUGUAACGGUUAUAUUUUUUUGGACGUUCAACAGGACAUGGACUGCGUAAAAAACAGUAAAUUUGUUGAUGAAUUUUCCGUUGACAACCUUUUUGACUUCUCCUAUGGCUUCGUGGAAGACGAAAUAGAGCAAUUAGACGAACACCCAAAUGUAUUUAACAGUGAAAAACCUUACUCUGUUUCACACCAGAAGCAAUUGGAGAUAAUUGAAGCUAAAAUUGAAGAUUUUGGUUCUUUUCCUAACAAUGAACUCAGUAUUCCGGAAAAUGGCUUGGAUGACCUCGAAUGGCUGUCUCACUUUGUUGAAGAAGAGUCAUUUGUUGAGAACACACUAACAUACCCAACCGGAAAUUUACUAGAAAAGCAAUUGGAGAACCGGUCAGACACAGAAAAGCCGGUUCAAGACAAGUCAUGUUUCACUAGCCCGGUUCAAACAAGGGCCAGAACAAAGCGUACAAGAACCGGCGGUCGAAUUUGGUCACUUGGUUCAGUUUCAUUAACCGGUUCUUCAACUUCCUCUUCAUUUUCCUCCACUACUACAACGACGUCGUUGUGUCUAAGUCAAACAGCUGAGUCAACAGUACGGAGACAACAACGACGUCAUUGUGAGGUCCAACCAAGGCGUUGCACCCAUUGUGGGGUCCAAAAGACCCCACAAUGGCGUGCUGGUCCAAUGGGCACGAAAACGCUUUGUAAUGCAUGUGGUGUCCGGUUUAAAUCCGGUCGGCUCUUGCCCGAGUAUAGACCGGCUUGUAGCCCAACUUUUUCGAACGACUUACAUUCAAAUAAUCAUCGGAAAGUUUUGGAAAUGCGACAGAAAAAAGAGGCGGAAACCGGUUUGGCUCAGCCGGUUCAGAGUUUUUAAAGUAGAAAUUUUAGAGUGAAAAAAAUGAACCGGAUUUUUGCCGGUUUAUUGUACAUUAAUUCCUAGAAUCUGAUGUGGGAUGUUGCAGUAGUUGUUUCAUAGGCUAAAGUGUAACGGAUGAAGAGGGUUUUUAAUGUACUUUCUCAUUUCUACCCAAAAAAAAUGAAAAAAAUAUAUACUCUGGUAGCCUAGGUAAUGUUAAGAUUAUACUAGUGGAGAAUAUUUUGUGUAUUUUUGGUUCAUAUCUUAGCAAAUUUUGAAAUUUAAUCACAGAUUUCGUUUUUUUAGAUUAA